AUGAAGGCGUCGUUCGCGGUGAUCUUUGUGUGCUUGGCCGCGACCAUCGCGCUUGCCCUCGGCAGCGUUCCGCUCAGCCUCGAACCGGGCAUGCCCAAGGAUGUUUCGGCCGUCAAGGAGCACUACGGAUACAUCCCCGUCAACCCUCGCUACGAUGCGAAUCUGUUCUACUGGAUGUUCGAGUCCCAGCGCGACCCGGCCAACGACCCCGUCGUCCUGUGGCUCACCGGCGGACCUGGCUGCUCGUCCGAGGUCGCUAUCUUCUUCGAGAACGGUCCCUACAAGAUCAACCCCGACAUGACCCUGUCGGACAACCCCUACGGCUGGAACUCCUUCGCCAACUUGCUUUACGUCGAUCAGCCCGCCGACACCGGCUUCUCGUAUGCCAACCAGGCCUAUAUCAAGAACCAGUCCAUGGUCGCCACCGAGAUGUUCACCUUCCUCCAGAAGUUCUUCCAGACCUACCCCCAGUUCGCCAAGUCCAAGUUCUUCAUCACCGGCGAGAGCUAUGCUGGCCACUACAUUCCCGCGAUCACCGCCUACAUCCUGGAGAUGAACGCCAAGGGCGGCUACCCGAAGAUCAACCUCCAGGCCAUCGCCAUCGGUGACGGUCUGAUCGACCCCGUUUCGAUGGCCAAGUCGUGGGGUCCGUUCCUCUACGCCCACAACCUCAUCUCCUCGAGCGACCUGGCCCAGACCCAGGAGCAGUUCUACGGCUCUUGCCUGCCGGACAUCGCCAACGGCGAUUACUCCGAGGCCUUCUACGACUGCAACCAGGUCCUCCAGAUCGCCCUCUCCGCUGCCGGUAACGUCAACGUCUACGACGUGCGCGAGCCGUGCACUUACCCGCCCCUGUGCUACGACCUGUCGCCCAUCGGCAAGUACCUCAACCUGCCCGCCACCAGGAGGAAGCUCGGCGUCGGCGACAGGCAGUGGCAAGCGUGCAGCGGCGCCGCCUAUGCGCCGUUCGAGUCGAAGGAUUUCGAGUACUCGUACAGGUUCGAUCUGCCGAUCAUCCUGAAGAGCAUUCCCGUGGUGAUCUACAACGGCAACUUCGAUCUCGUGGUCGACUUCUACGGCACCACCGAGAUGCUCGACACCAUGAUCUGGCCCGGCAAGUCUGGCUUCAACAGCGCCAAGAACGGAACAUGGAUCGUUGAUGGUAAGGUUGCUGGCUCCGUCCGCUCCUCCAACGGCCUCACCUACCUCAUCGUCAACAACGCUGGUCACAUGGUGCCCUACAACCAGCCCAAGAACGCGCUGGACAUGCUCUACCGCCUGCUCAACCAGAAGCCCUUCGCCUAA